GUGGCUUGGACAUGUCGCUUGAUGAUAUUAUCAAAUCGAAUCGAAAACCUACGGGAUCUCGUGGCCGAGGCGUUGGUGGUAGUAGUAGCGGUGGUCGCGGAUUCGGCGGUUCGGGUUCCGGAUCCGCUCCGUCUCGCCGAUUUGCUAACCGCGUAGGAAACAGAAGCGUGCCGUAUUCAAGGCCGGUACAACAACAAGUGGCUCAAGAUGCGAUGUGGCAAAACGACGUUUUCGCCACUGACGCGAGUGUGGCGGCGGCUUUUGGGCAUCAGUCGGCAGGUAUUGGCGUUGGCGUUGGCGUUGGCGGUUCUUCAAUCGAGACUGGAACUAAGCUCUACAUUUCCAACUUAGAUUACGGCGUCUCUAACGAGGAUAUCAAGGAGCUCUUCUCAGAGGUUGGUGACCUUAAGCGAUAUGGGAUUCACUAUGACAGGAGUGGAAGAUCGAAGGGUACUGCUGAGGUUGUUUUCUCACGGCGUGGCGAUGCCUUGGCAGCUGUGAAGCGUUACAACAAUGUUCAGUUGGAUGGAAAGCUGAUGAAGAUAGAGAUUUUAGACUGGAGUUAUCAGCUUAUAGAGGAAGAGGAAGAGGAGGUUUUAUGGGGCGGCCUCGUGGUGGUUUUGGCGGUGGUAAUUUCCGUGGUGGUAGGGGAGCUAGAGGAGGAGGAGGAGGUGGUCGUGGCAGUGGCAGAGGACGCGAUGAAAAGGUAUCUGCAGAGGAUCUUGAUGCUGAAUUGGACAAGUACCACAAAGAGGCUAUGGAAACAAGUUAAAGGAGCGACUAAAUCCUUUGCAAGACUA